AUGGAUGGGCUGUAUGUAGUAGCAACCUUCUCAAUCUCAACUUUGUUCAUGUCCAUUUUAUGGUACAUCAAAACCUCACAAGGUAGAAGAGCAAAUCCUCCCCUGCCACCUGGUCCCCUCGGGCUUCCGAUCCUCGGAUAUUUGCCGUUUCUCGGCAACAAUUUAUUCCAAAAAUUCACGGAAUUGGGACACAAAUAUGGUCCGAUAUACAGUAUCUCUCUCGGGAAAAAAUUCUGUGUUGUAAUAAACUCACCAUCACUCGUAAAAGAGGUAGUCCGCGAUCAAGACUCUGUUUUCGCAAAUCGUGACAUUCCUGCUGUAGGAAUCGUUGCGACUUACGGUGCGAACGACAUCGUCUUCUCCGAGCUCAAUUCAAAGUGGCGUGCGAUGAGAAAAAUAUUCGUUCAAGAGAUGAUGAACGCCAAAAGUCUCGAUGCAUCCUAUAAUCUUCGCAAGGAUCAGGUUAGAACGGCAGUUAGACAAGUGCAUGCUAAGAUUGGAAAUCCCGUCGAAAUCGGACCGUUGAUUUUUCGCACCGAGCUAAAGGUCAUGAUGAGCAUGUUGUGGGGCGGGAAAUUUGAAGGGGAAGAGGGCGAAAGAAUUGCGUCUGAGUUUCUGGCCGUGGCACCGAAGCUUGUUGAUUUGUUCGGAAAGCCGAAUAUUUCUGAUUUCUUUCCACUUCUUGCUUGGCUUGAUAUUCAAGGAGUAAAAAAACAGAUGGAGACUUAUAUGCAAAUUGUCGACAAGAUUUUCGAAACCGUUAUCACCCAACACGAAAUGAAUUUAUCCGGAGAAAUCAAAGAAGGGAAGAAAGAUCUUCUUCAAAUCUUGUUGGAGAUUCAAAAUAAGCAAGAUUCAGAGAUUUCAAUCAGUCGCAAACAAAUUAAGGCAAUAUUUAUGGUACGUGCCUUACUCUAA